AUGAAUGCUCUUGUUUGUUCACACAGAUCACCACUCUACCUCGCAAAACCUUCUCCAUGGAACUCAAAAGCCCCUUCUCUCCUCCCCACAAGCUUGCAAAACCCAAACAGUAAUCCAUCAAGAACAUGUCAACUGCAGGCAAAUGCCAAAGGCUUCGGCGCCAGCAGCAAACCACCUGCCACAGAAGACAGGACCACCCACAACAACAUUAAACAGAACAGCAAUAGUGACGAAGAUGAAGAAAUACCAAACGAGGUUUUUAAUAGGAUCAUAAAGAGAAUCUUGGUCUCUGUGGGUGCACCUAUGGCCCUUGGCUUGGCAUUCUUGAUGUUUUUUGGAGCGGCGAAAGAGCAAGGUAUCUGGGAUGUGCCUUUAUGGAUACCAUUUACGACAACUUUCUUGACUUUUGGGACAUCUGCGCUUGGGAUUGCUUAUGGGGCUUUAUCUACAAGUUUGGAUCCUAACAAGAGGGGUUCGUUACUCGGGCUUGAAGAGGCCCAGCAGAAUUGGGUUGAGAUGUGGAAAGAAGAAGAUGAGAGCAAGUAGUGAGGAGGGCAAUCAAUGAUUUCCACGUAUCUCAAUGGUGGGUUUUUUUUUUGUAAAUUUUUAAUCCUGUUAUCUAGUAUUAUGACGGGUCAACUUUUUUAUUUAAUAAUUAUUAAAUUUUAGAUAUGCAUCACACCUAAUACCGAUUUAAAGUUUGUUGUUCA